GUCCAAGCCUUGUUGAAGAACUUGGAGCCCACCUGGCGAACCGAGGCCCUCUUGGCCCCUGAGCCCUUUGCCGCUACGGCGCAGAAGGGCGCAGUGCUGGUUGCGGCAGAGGCCCUGGCUUCGGAGCUGGGAGGAUUGCUUCAAAGUGCCCCCAGCUGGUCUGUGAGGCAACAGGGCGAGUGGGCCCUCUGUAGCAGUAUGGAAAGGUUUUCAGCCUUUCUUCGAUGGCUCACCAGCAUUGUGAUCAGCACCACCAGCGAGUUGGACGACAGCAGCGUGAGCAGCAGCACUGAGGACUUCAGUGCGUCUCUUCGCUCGGUGGCUCGCUUGGUGUCUCGCAUGUCAGGUUACAUGCAAGGAGAGGGGUUGGGUGAGGCUUCUGCCCUUCGUUUGCUGCACGCUGAAGCGUUGGCUAAAGGCGAGAGAUUCAUCGACUAUCGACCAGGCCUGGUGCUGAUGCCGCAGCCCAUGGCACACCUGAAGUGCGUUUCCGUGGCUUUGUUUCAAUCCGGAUGGGCAGUGAAGCAAAGGCAACUUCGCAAAUCCAUGGAGAAGUUCAUGCCAGAAACCCUGAAGGAAGAUCAAGAGUUGAUUCCUGGUGGGGACAUUAGGAAUCCCGAUGAAGUGGAUACGUUGCCAAUGGACUUCUCAGUCUUGGAAGCAGAACAGAUGUUGCAUUCUGGGUCCAUGGACACCAUUGAAACUCCGGAUGAUGACGGUGAGGAACAAAGCAACAAGGACGAUGAAGAUGAAGGAAAAGGAAGUAAAAAGCGCAAAGCACCCCAAAGUGAAGACGAAGAUGAAGACAAUCGCAGUUCAAGUUCGAGCGAGGAAAGCGAGGCUGAGGAGAAGCAGGAGGAUGCAGGAGAAGAAAGCAACUCAGAAGUUCCCACAGCAGAAGAAGAGGAGCAAACUGAAGAAAGUGAAGGUGAUGAGGCUGAAACCUUUGAUGUGAAAGCUGCACAAGCUGAAGAAGCCUCUGCACAGAGUCGAGAGCAAUCAUCAUCAGAUGAAGGUGAUGAAGCCCAGGAAGCGAAUGAUGAGAUGAGCUCAGAAGAUGACAAUAUGGAUUCUUCCCCGAAAAAAUCCAACAAUGAUGAUGGCCAAAGUGAUGCAGAGGCUGAGGAGAAGGUGAAGUCAAAGGAUGCUGAAGAUGAAGAAUGUGAUGAAGACACCGAAAAGCCUGAAGAUGAGAAAGAGGAGGCAGAGGAGCAAAGAGACACAGGUGAAGGAAGCAGCAAUGAGGAGGAAAGUGAAGAAGGCGAAAGCGAAGCAGAGGCUGAGGAGAAGGUGAAGUCAAAGGAUGCUGAAGAUGAAGAAUGUGAUGAAGUUGAAGACACCGAAAAGCCUGAAGAUGAGGAAGAGGAGGCAGAGGAGCAAAGAGACAAAGGAGAAGGAAGCAGCAAUGAGGAGGAAAGUGAAGAAGGCGAAAGCGAAGCAGAGGCUGAGGAGAAGGUGAAGUCAAAGGAUGCUGAAGAUGAAGAAUGUAAUGAAGAUGAAGUCACCGAAAAGCCUGAAGAUGAGGAAGAGGAGGCAGAGGAGCAAAGAGACAAAGGUGAAGGAAGCAGCAAUGAGGAGCAAAGUGAAGAAGGCGAAAGCGAAGCAGAGGCUGAGGAGAAGGUGAAGUCAAAGGAUGCUGAAGAUGAAGAAUGUGAUGAAGUUGAAGACACCGAAAAACCUGAAGAUGAGGAAGAGGAGGCAGAGGAGCAAAGAGACACAGGUGAAGGCAGCAGCAAUGAGGAGGAAAGUGAAGAAGGCGAAAGCGAAGCAGAGGCUGAGGAGAAGGUGAAGUCAAAGGAUGCUGAAGAUGAAGAAUGUAAUGAAGAUGAAGUCACCGAAAAGCCUGAAGAUGAGGAAGAGGAGGCAGAGGAGCAAAGAGACAAAGGUGAAGGCAGCAGCAAUGAGGAGGAAAGUGAAGAAGGGGAAAGCGAAGCAGAGGCUGAGGAGAAGGUGAAGUCAAAGGAUGCUGAGGAUGAAGAGAAGGCGAAGGAAGACUUAAGAAGGUCUCACUUUGGCUGGUUGAAACGCACAGACAUGAAGAAGGUCCUGGAUGAAGUGAUCGACGACAAGGAAUUGUUCGAGGAGCUGAUGAGUGAAGGCGGCACAGACACGAGUGACGCUGAAAGUGAACAAGAUGGAGACAAGAAGUCAAAGGCAAGUGAGGACGAUGACAAAGAAAAAGAACAACCUGCAGACACAAAGGAACCCGAUGAGAACAAAUCGAUGGCUAAAAAGGAUGAUGAAAAUGAAAGCGAUGAUGAAAAGGCAGAUGAGGCUGAGAAAGAAUCAGACAAAGAGACACCACUUGGACGUCCCAGUGCUGCUGCUGCUGGGUUUACGACCAUGGGCUUGUCUGAUGCUGAAGUAGAUCAAGCGAUUGCUUUGAACAAAGAAGGCAGGUUGAAACCCAAAGGCAAAGCAGCCCCUAAGAAGCCUGCUGCGUGCACCCGCAAAGAGAAGGCAAAGGUGAACGUGAAGAAAAAGGCAGGAAAGAAAGAUGAUGAUGAAGACAUAGAAGACGACAAUGAUGACUCGCAGGAUGACGAUGUGAAGGUCAAGAAAGAGGAUUGUGAGAAAGAGGAUGAAAAGCCACAGGAGGAGACAAAGGCCCCGAAGCGCCGACAUCGAACAAAGAGUGCUCGAAGCUUGACUCCCGAGAAGCCAGCACCCAAAGCUGCGGUGAAGCCUUCGAAGGCUUUUGGCAAGAAGAAGAGGGAGGAAGAGCUUCCGCUAGACUCUGCAAAGACUUCAGUGGUGGAGUGCGUUGAUGCCAAGGACUUCACUUUUUCAGCCUACAAAGUGGUUAUUUCCAGGGUUCAACAAGAAGCUUUGGAUAGAGCCAAUGCAAAGGAUGGCUGGCAAAUCGAGACACGGAAGAGAUUGAGCGGGAAAAUGAAAAACUAUACCUAUAAGGUCUUUAUCGACCCCCAUGGGACUAAGUACUAUUCCCUUGCCAAGGCAGUCCAGGUUGGAUUCAAGGCGUCUGCUGCAGAUGACGGUCGAAAGACCCGUCACCAGAAACUUAAAAAGAAGAAGUCAAAGGCAGAGUAA